CUUGAUGGCCUCAUCAACCUCAUCCAAUUUGGUGGAAACAAGGUUGUCAAGGCAAAAGAUGGUGCUGGCUCAGCAGAUCUUUCCAUUUUUUACAUAGGUGCUAAGUUCACCAGGAAAGUGAUUUGUGUCGUAAACAGCGAAAAGGGAAUUGUCACCCUGACAUUUAUCAACCUUGCUGCAGGUGGUGAUGCCCUCAAGAAGGAAAUUAGCAAGGAUCUAGAUUAG